UGCUCCUGUGACGUGCUGCUAAUCUACUUCAAUUAGACAGUAGAAGAAGUAGUUUCCGAUGCAACAGCUAGGCAUCAUCAUGCCUACUGCUGUGAUUAUGGAGGAAAAUUUUGAUAAAUUAUUAGAGCAGUGUGAAGCCCAAGAGCUCGAGGCUCCAGGGGGCAUUGCAACACCUCAAGUGUACGCUCAGCUGCUGGCGCUUUAUUUACUUCAUAAUGACAUGAAUAAUGGCAGAUAUCUGUGGAAACGUAUUCCCCAAGCAAUAAAAUCGGCAAACCCUGAAUUAACAUCUAUUUGGGCUGUUGGCCAACGCAUUUGGCAAAGAGACUUCCCAGGGAUCUACACAGCCAUAGCAGCUUACCAAUGGUCAGAGAAUAUCCUUCCGGUCAUGGAGGCUCUUCGAGAGAGUACACGACAAAGAGCAUAUAGUCUAGUGGCCCAGGCAUACACUUCCAUCGCAGCAGACGAUUUUGCUGCCUUUGUGGGAUACUCUGUGGAAGAGGCAGUAAAGGGUGUGGUGAGUCAGGGCUGGCAGGCAGACCCAGCUACUAGGAUGGUGAUGCCCAAAAAGCCAGAUCCUCCCCCCGUCUCAUUGGUUCCAAAUGAGCAGCAGUUGGCCAGACUCACUGACUACGUGGCUUUCCUCGAGAACUGAUAACCCACCACAUCUACUGCCACCCUUUUUCGCUUGCUUGGUACAGAGGGAGAAUACAAGUUUGGAUAGACUCUUCCCCUGGUUUCACUCCCUGAUAGAGACGUACCAAAAACACACCCAUCAUCCUGCAUGAGUGCUGCAAGCUCUUCUCCAAGACCUGCCUAUUUAUGUAUAUCACCCAAUAAAGCUUCCCCAGUUCAUUCAUAUGCUGAAAAUUAUUUUUGAGACACAGUGUUGUUUUAUAUUCUUUUUACCUUUGGCUCUCUGCAACCUACCAGAUGUAUAGAUUUGGAUGUGAUUUCAACAGAUGACAGGGGCGUUUCUAGGAUUUGAGGACACUGGGGGCUUAGCCUGGACCUUUGUAGGGGGGGUCCAGUGGGUAUUCUCCCCUGCAAAUUUUUUUAUGUAAAGCUCUAUUUUGAUGCUUUUUUAUACACUCUGGCAUCUUAUUUACCCCUAAAAACUGUUUUUUUCCCCAUUGUGAUGUUAAAUAUUAGUAGAUAUUAGUAAUUAGUAUUGACUAGAAACAGAAUACAACUGCUGUCAUUUAACAUUUAUUGACUAGAGUCUGAAAUAGUUAUGUUAACAGUGGUGGAAUGUAAUGAAGUACAUUUAUCCAAGUACUGUGCUUUAGGACAACUCAUAUUUCCAUUUUAUGAUACUUUACACUUAUACUCCUGUACAUCUCUCUACAUCUCAGAGGGAAAUAUUUUACUUUUUACCCCACAUUUAUUUGCCUGCUGUAGUUGCAUUGAAGUCUCAAAUUAAUAACACAAAACAUAGCCUAAUUAACUGAUAAGAUGAUGAUGAUUUCAAAGAUUAAAUUAGCUCGCGGUAUGUAAGGUAAUUAAAAUGAACUCCACCUUUACCAGCUGCAACAUUAAAGUGAUGAACACAUCAGUGCAUCAAUAAUUAUAAUUAUAAUCCAGUGUGAAUCUGAAAGGGGCUGUUAAAUGAGUACUUUUGAUGCUAAUACUUUAACUUGAGUAACAUUUUAAGUGCUGGCCUAUUCUUAUUUUUGAAAUGUAUAGCCUGUAUAUUUAUAUCUGGAGCUAUUCAGAAAAUAUUAUGGGCUGGUGCCUCAGACGAGGAAUAUAUUUCUCAUCACCGUCAAUAUGUUUUUACUGCUAACCUGACAUUUGUUCCACAUGAAAGAAACAUACGAGCUAGUACGUACAGUCUGUCCACUCUGUUUGAGCACAUAAAGUUUGACUUGAAACAAAUUUUGGCAGGUAACGGAAGUCUUGCAUGCAUGCAUCAAUAUGUGGAUUUCAGUCCUCAGACCUCAUAUUUUGAAGUUUAAGUUUUGACUGGUGAAUAAAUAUUUUUGCUGUUUCUAA